CAAGCGAUGGCAAUUAAGCAGACGCUUAGAGCAAUCUUCCCAUGUUGCUUUCGGCCUAAAACUUCACAUUCUGAGAAGAAGCAACAUGCUCUCAAACAACACUCGUCCCAGAGGAUUUCCAUUUCGGAUUUCAGCAAUCCCGACUCACCUCUCUCCAUCAACGACCUUUCAACCUCUCUCAUUGGGUCCAACCUCCACGUGUUCUCUCUCGCGGAGUUGAAGAUGAUUACGCGAGAUUUUUCGACCGGCAAUUAUCUUGGCGAGGGAGGGUUUGGGACAGUGCACAAGGGGUUCACCCGUGAUGGGAUGAGGCCCGGCUUGGAGGCUCGGCCGGUUGCUGUGAAUGUGCUGUUUGCGGAAACACAGAAAACAGAAAAUUGCAGCUCUCUUGUAAAACAUGCUAUUCCACUGCCAUGGACGAGGAGAAUGAAAGUUGCAGUUGGUGCUGCAAAAGGCUGCUUUCCUCCAUGGGGAAGAAAAGCCAUUAUUUAUCUGACCGACCUUCCAUGCUCUGUUUUCAAAGAUUAUACGGCGAAGCUAUCUGAUUUUGGGCUGGCGAAGGACGGUCCAGAGGGAGAUAACACCCACGUCACCACCAGGGUCAUGGGCACCCAUGGCUACGCUGCUCCAGAGUACAUUAUGACAGGCAAGAAACUUCAAUCUGAUAAGAAAAAAAAGUGUUCAAAUAAUAAUCUCGACCAUCUGAUCGACCCCAGCCUCGCCGGCCGGUAUCCCUUGGCGGCAGCGACCACGGCGGCUGCCGUGGCCGGCCGGUGCCUGAGCCACCACCCAAGUCCAGGCCCACUAUGGAUGACGUCGUCAAGGUCUUGGAACCUCUUGGGGACUCCGACAACAAGGCCGAACGGAUGGGUCUUUUGUGAAGGAAAGAGAAAGUCGAAAGGACGGCGAACGGGCGGAGGCGCUGAAGAGGGCGGUGGCGACGUUCGCCUGAAAGUUCGCCGCGGUGGAGGUCAGCGAGGUCUCGUGCAGUGCACUCCGAUACGGCUCUGUAUAAGGCCUCAGAGGAUUGGUGGGAGUAAUCUUAGAAAGAAGCUUUGUUUGCUGUGA